UUGGUCUUUCUCAUCUAGCUCUAGUAGUUGCAACUCAAGAUCGGUGCAUAUCAGAUAAAUCAGAAAUCUUUCCAGCUAUAACAUCUGCAAAGAGCUGCUAUUCUAGACCGCAAAAUGGCAGAGAAAUUUGAGAGCCUUAUGAACAUUCACGGCUUCGACCUGGGCCCUCGCUACAUGGACCUGAAGCCGCUGGGCUACGGGGGAAACGGACUGGUCUUUUCCGCUGUCGACACCGAUUGUGACAAGAGGGUCGCUGUGAAAAAGAUAGUCUUGACCGACCCUCAGAGUGUCAAACAUGCACUACGUGAAAUCAAGAUCAUCCGCAGACUCGAUCACGACAACAUCGUAAAGGUGUUCGAAACCCUGGGGCCCAGUGGCAGGAGACUUGCGGAGGACGUGAGCUCUCUGACGGAAGUCAACUCCGUGUACAUCGUACAGGAGUACAUGGAAACCGACCUCUGUAAAGUACUGGAACAGGGCUUGUUGUCCGAGGACCAUGCACGGCUGUUCAUGUACCAACUGCUGCGAGGACUCAAAUACAUCCACUCGGCAAACGUGCUUCACCGUGACCUGAAGCCUGCCAACCUCUUCGUCAACACCGAGGACUUGGUACUGAAAAUUGGGGACUUUGGACUCGCCCGCAUCAUGGACCCACACUAUUCCCAUAAGGGGCAUCUGUCUGAGGGACUGGUCACUAAAUGGUAUCGUUCUCCUCGUCUGCUCCUUUCCCCAAAUAACUACACCAAAGCCAUUGACAUGUGGGCCGCUGGGUGCAUCUUUGCUGAAAUGCUGACUGGAAAAACACUCUUUGCAGGUGCUCACGAGCUGGAACAGAUGCAGCUGAUUCUGGAAUCCAUUCCGGUGGUCCAUGAGGAAGACCGACUGGAGCUUCAAAGUGUAAUACCCAUCUUUAUCAGGAACGACAUGUCAGAACCACACACGCCGCUUGCCAAGUUACUGCCUGGUGUCAGCCCUGAGGCCUUGGAUUUCCUGGAGAAGAUCUUGACCUUUAACCCCAUGGACCGACUCACUGCGGAAGAGGCUCUUGCUCACCCAUACAUGAGCGACUACUCAUUCCCAUUAGACGAACCAGUAUCAUCGCACCCCUUCCACAUUGAGGAUGAGGUGGAUGACAUCUUGCUCAUGGAUGAGAGCCACAGUCACAUCUACAACUGGGACAGGUACCAUGACAGUCAGUUCUCUGAUCAGGACUGGCACCUGCACAGCACCCAUGAAGUGGAAGAUGUGCAGCGUGAUCCUCGAGCCAUGUCAGACGGCACAGACGAGGAGGAGGUCCAGAUCGACCCACGGAAAUACAUGGAUGGAGAGUGCGAAAAGUUCCUAGAGGACCCAUCAUUCGACCUCCUCUCCGAGCACUCGUGGCAAGAGGAAGAUCACCAUGAAAACAAGUACUGCGACCAAGAGUGCAGCUACACCUGCAACUACAAAGCUGUUUCCCCAUCCUACCUGGAUAACCUGAUCUGGAGGGACAGUGAGGUGAACCACUACUACGAGCCCAAACUCAUCAUCAACCUCUCUAACUGGAAAGAGCAACAGAGCAAAGAGAAGUUAGACAAAAAGGGCAAGAGCAAGUGUGAGAAGAACGGACUGGUCAAGGCCCAGAUCGCCCUGCAGGAAGCGUCUCAGAACCACAGCGUGGCCGAGAAGGAUCGUGAACAAGAAAAACACCAGAACCACAACCAGGGCUUCGACUUUGACUCGUUUAUCGCCAGCACCAUCAAACUGAGCCUCCAGCCGGAAUCCGGUGACGUUGACCUCCUAAAUGAGUUAAACACCUCAGUUUCCCAACUGGACACUCGUGCUCCUUGCGGCUCCAUGUCCAAGUCCAUCAGUCAGGAAAAAGAAGAGAAGUGUCUAGUCAACCUGGCACAGCUUGGUGUUCGGACACCCUGUCCUUGGGAAAGUUUCACGGACACCGGCGUUGCCGAGAGCAGCCUGAUCGACGAGGCUUGCUGGGAUGUCCGCAAAGACGAGCAGCUCCAGAAGGAGAACAGCAGCUGCCAGAGCAGUUACCUAGACCGGCUCUUCAGCAAGCGGGAGGAGGCUGAGUCCGAGAUCCCGGAGCCCGUCGAGGUGCCUGCUCCGGAGGGUGACUUCAUAUCCUGUGGCGGCGAGAUAGUCUUUAACAUGCAGCUGGAGUCUCUGGCCAUUCCGGGGUUCGAAGGAGCGGCUGACAUUCCUCUGAAGUCCAUCCAGGCCACGCUAACGCCCUCUGCUGUUAAACGCUCCCCACAAAUCGCCCAUAAAACCUACAGCAGCAUUUUCAAGCAUUUAAAUUAAAAAAACCACCCCCGUUCAAGCAGAGUCCAGCUUAUUUUUUAUAGAGUUAUGUAUUUCUGUACUUGAAUCAUUUAUCUUUUUACAUAUGGUUACUUUUUAAGGAAACUUUUUCUUUUUUAAAAAUUUGUGGAUUAAAUGUUAAUGAAUUCAGUUCGUAAGUUCAUCCAAAGUGCUGGACUGUUUUCUUACACAUGAAACAUGUUUUUUUUGCCCUCUAAUUUUCAGUUCCAACUCU